AUGUCAUAUAUGUUAUCAACUAGGCCAAAGUUCCUAUAUAUCACCAAUAAACAACUACAAACAAUAAGCAAAAGACUUAUAUCUUCCACCUCCAAAACAUCAAUCAAUUCCUCCAAAUUACUAAAUUUAUCAAAGACAUUUUUCAAAUCACUUCCCAAGACUGAACAACAACAAUACCAGAAGCAAGGUAAGAACGUUGCACUUGUGUCUGGCAUCAUAAUAGUUGGGUCCUAUAUCGCUUUCAACCAAUCAAAUUAUUAUAAUUUAGAUACCUUGCCACUGCUGCCUCAAUCUUCUCAAGCAACAACAAACCCCACAGUAGGCUCAUUUGCAAAACCACCAAAAUUGUUGGAGGAUAAAAAGUUAUUUUCAACUUCAACAUCGUCAAUGCAUCAAGAGAAUAGCAUCAGUCACCAACAACAUAAGGAAGGAAUCUUCUUGUUGAAUGAUGAACAAGUUGAUACAAAAUUGCGUCAAUUUGAGGAAAGCUACUAUGUCAAUCGUGGUAAAGGAGUAAUGAGGUACGAUAUAUGUCAAUUGCCUUCGAACUCUCCUAUUGAAGACGACAGAGCUGAGGAGAUUAUACAAGUGCCAAUUUUGCAAGACAAUAACAUAAAGACCACAACUGAUUGGCUUUUCUUUGGAGUUUUCGAUGGACAUGGUGGCUGGACUACUAGUUCAAAGUUGAGAGAUGAAUUGAUCAAUUAUGUGAUUAAUGAAUUGGGUACCAUUUACAAACCUGUACAAGGAGAAGAAAAUCUUAGAUAUGUACCAAAUAGUGCCACUAUUGACCAAGCUAUAAAGAAUGGAUUCUUGAAAUUAGAUCAUGAGAUUGUCAACAAGAAUAUUGAAAAAUUACUUACCGAUGGAAACAAAGCCAAAGCUGCGGAAUUGUUGAUGCCUGCAUUAUCCGGCUCUUGUGCAUUGUUGUCAUUCUACGAUACAAACUCCAAAAUGCUUAAAGUUGCUGUAACUGGGGACUCAAGGGCAAUCUUGGGUUCGUUCAGGAAUAACCACUGGACCGCCAGACAGUUGAGUAUCGAUCAAACUGGCUCAAACCCAACUGAAGUUGCGAGAAUCAUUAGUGAACAUCCAGAUGAACCUAAGGUUAUUCGUAAUGGACGGGUGUUGGGUAGUUUAGAACCUACUAGAGCAUUUGGUGAUUGUCGAUAUAAACUCCCAGCUUCAAUUCAAGAACGUAUUUACAAGCAAUUUUUUGGUAAAAGAUUGCCCAACCAUUUAACUUCACCUCCAUAUGUAACAGCUGAACCUGUUAUAACAACCACGAAAAUUAAUCCAGAUAACAAUGAUUUCUUAGUCAUGGCAAGUGAUGGACUUUACGAGAUGUUGACAAAUGAAGAAAUUGUUGGACUAGUCGUUAAAUGGAUGGAAAGAGAAAAGAUGGUGAAACCACAAAAGUCGUUUUGGAACUUUUUUGGCAAAGUUGGUGAAAACAAGCUACCUGAAGUGGAAGACAUCACAAUGGACAAGGCAAGUAAAAAGCCAAUUAGAAAAUCAACCGGUGGGGGUAGUUUCUUAUUACAAGAUAACAAUGUUUCAACCCAUUUAAUCCGUAAUGCAUUGUCCAAUGGGGGAUCCAAAGAACAAACGUCGAUGAUUAUAUCGAUACCCAAUCCUGUAUCUAGAAGAUAUCGUGAUGAUUUAACGGUCACGGUUGUAUUUUUCGGUAACAACCUAAAUGAGGCAAAUGAAAAUGGUACAUUGGAGAUCAAUUCAAGUGCAACAGCUGGCGGGGUCGAUGCAUCAAAGCCAAAACUAUAG